AUGAGUUAGCGACUAAAUUAAAGAUCAGCAAUAAAAGCACUAUAACCUCCAAGUGAUAUUAGAGUGUCUUCAUAGAGUAAACGUAAAUCAACAUAAUUAUCAAUAAAAGAGUAAAUUGAAAGAGAAUUUCAAGUCUACAAACAAAAUCUGCAGACUAAAAUAGACGCUGCAAGUAGAGAUGACAAGGAAUAAAUAUUUUCUUGUAAGGAUUUCGUAAAAACUCUACAUAAAAAAGACAGCCUUGACUACAAUCACAUUCUUUUGUACAAAUCAAUUCAGCCCUUUCCAUUAAGAGAAAGCAUUGAGAAAUUAAAGAUAAGAGAUGCAAGUAAAAUUCCAGACCCUCCAUAGGCCAAAUAAGUAGAUGUAAUGAAACUUAAUAACAUCAGAGAAUACUUGAGUAAGAACUAAGAAUAAGCUUUCUAGCACCAACUGAAAGACAUUAAUUCAUAAAAGGGCUAUUCCGUCAAAAACUUUGGAGUAGGUGGAUCUGAUCUCAAAGAGCUAGUCAAAACAGACUAUUUAAACAAUCUUAAAGAGAGGAUGAAGACAGGUAGUGCUGCUAGUGGCACAGGAAGAUAAAUACAGGGUUCUACUGCAUUGACUGACAGACUUAAUAGGUAGUCCACUCAAGCCUAGUUCUUACAAGAUAGAGUUGGAGACUAUGAUGAAAUAAUUUACGAUUCUGUUGAUUUUCAUAAGUAAAAUACUUUUGACAUUCAUGGAGCAGGCAAAAAUAACUACUCUUAGUUUCAAGAGAACCUAGCAAGAUAAAAAGCAAAAGAAAUUGCUUUGGAAGAAUUAAGAAAUAAGCUAGCAUAAUAAAAAGAUAGUCCGAAAAAGCUUAGUGACAUAGAAAAAAAAGCAGAAUAGCAACCUUUAUACUUCUUCAGAAAUUAAAAACCAACAAGCAUAUUUUAAAAGCCACUAGCAGCUAGGACUGCAUCACAAGCUGUAAUUAAAAUAGAGAGUAAUAGAAUAAAUUUGUUUUCAAGCCCCAAUGACUAUAUCUCUUAAAAUUACCGUCAUCCUCAAAAAAAUUUUCUACUUAAGGAUGAUGGCUAUAACUAGUCCACUCCAUUAAGCCCAGUUAUGUCUCCACUUCGAAAAUAGAUUAAUAGUAUCAACACUGCUCUAAGUUUGAAUGAUUAAAACAGAGUAAAGCAUAAGAAAUUCAAUGAUAAUGUUCAGCUUAAACCCAAUUCAAUUCCAAUAUUUACUCUUACAGGAGCUGAUUUAAAUAGCAAUAAGAGCAAUCAUAUUAAUUCACAUAGAACUUUGAAACCACUUAACAGCGGUGAAGAAUUUUAGGACUAUACCUCCCCAGAUAAUUUCGGUAAAAAGCACUAAAAAUUGAGAAAUCAGACAAAGUAUCAAACAAGAUCCAGUUCAAAGCACCAAAACAGUUUUAAUAAGAAAAAUAAUUAUAGCCAUAGUAAAAACAACAAUUCUAUGAAUUCAUCUUAGUCUAGAUAAUCUUAUCAUGAUAAUAUGCUACUUUAAGACUUAUUAGAGAACUGUGAUAGCACAACGAAGAAACUUAAAAGGGAAAGAACCAAGAUUACCAAGAAUAAGAAAUAGGUCAGGCAAAUAUUUAAUCAGUUCAAGAAUCGUAUUAGAUUUAACUUGUAAGUUAACAAGCAAGAAUCUUUACCUGAGGAUAUGCUGGAAAUAAAAAAUUUUAGGCAUGAAAGCCAGAAAGUUGAAGAGUAGAAAAAAUAACUUUAAGAAAUCUAGCAUUUAGAAGAAAUGGCCUCGAAAUAUCAUAAUUGGAAACAGAAAUUAGAGCUUAAACUGAAAUAAAAAGAGGAAGAGUCUAUUAAGGAGACAAAAUAAUUUCUUGAUAACUAUAAGCUAUAGAAGGGCAUAGAAAAAGCUGAUAAAAUUCCAGCAAGAAUAAAAUCAAAAAAACUGAAUGCCAUUCUAGAGGAUAAAAGCUUAAUUGAAAUAUAUAAUAACUUUGAGCUAGUGAGUGCAGACACUUGCAACUUAAUUGAACUAUCAACUAAGGAUAUUGGAUCUGGCAUUUAAAGUGAUAUAAUUAACUAGGGGAAAAUUCAGAAAUCAUAUGAUUAAAGAAUCACAGAAAAGUUUGAUCUAUCUUACGUGCCAUAUGAGAUAAAUUAGCAAACUCUUUAUCUACAGACUACAAAUUUACUUUAGUCAGUAUCAGCACGGUCAUCUGACAAUAGAUUGAGAGCAUUUGCAACUAUGAAGGAUGAUAAAUCUAAUGAUGCUAAUGUUUAAUCUAUAAAAAUAGAUCUUAAAUAUGAGUGUGGAAGCAGUAUCCAAGGAGUACCUAUUGUUACUAUUUCUCUGUAAUUCGAUGGAUGUCCUAAUAUGAUUUUGAGCUGGCAAAAGAGCUGUGGGAAUGAUAAAAUUGAACCUAUGACUGGAAUGUACUAACUUGAUCCCCCAUAUAUAAAAAAUUUGUUUUAAGCACAAUCAAUAAUGUAUCCAGUUAUAAAAGAGUUUAAUUGUCUUGGUAUUGAAGGAACUUAAGAUAUCACCCUUAUUAUACCUUCAUAGUUCAAUGACUAUUAAGAUAUAGAAGUGAUUUUUAGAAAGCAAUGUUCAAGAUAUUCAAUAUUCCAUGCUCUAAAACAAGACUUAAAAGAGUCAGUAGCUUUCGAUAUUAUAUUCAUCUUAUUUUUGCUAUUGGUUGUGGGCAGUGGAUUUUUCUGUCUUGUGAUCUUUAGUAAGGCAUUUCAAGAUAGAGGAAUUAGUAUGCAUCCAGACUAUUAAACAUAAAUUAACAAGGCCUCACAUUCAGUCAAGAAAAAUUUCAAUAAGUUCACCAGAUUUGUAAAUCAUCUUAUUGAUAGCAGAAAGCUAAGCUACAAAAAUCUUUCUUAGCAUGAUAACUCAAGUUUUUAAAAUGAGACAAGAAAGAACACAGCACUCAAUUCUAGUUCUAAUUUUGAUGGUAUUCUGACUAAUGCUUUUGAUGAUGAGAUCCAAAUAGAUUUAAAUGCUAAGUAAGAACCAAUUUAUGAUAACAAAAGUGAAAGUGAUUACGGUGGUCUUUGA